CGCAGGGCGCUCGCGCGCCGCGAUCGGGUGGCGGCGGCCGCGGGUCCCUACGCGCUCCCGCUCCCGCUCCGCCCCCUGCGCGGCCCGACAGGAGGUGCGAUGGCUUCGCGCAAGAGCUCCAGAGCCGCUGGCGGCAGCCCCAGCCCCGGCUCCAAGAGAGAGACUAAGCAUGGAGGAAGCAAGAAUGGAAAGAAAGAAGGCCUCUCUGGAAGCUCAUUUUUCACCUGGUUUAUGGUAAUUGCUUUGCUGGGAGUUUGGACAUCAGUAGCAGUUGUCUGGUUUGAACUUGUAGAUUAUGAAGAAGUUCUAGCCAAAGCAAAGGAUUUCCGUUAUAACUUGUCAGAGGUCCUACAAGGCAAGCUUGGGAUUUAUGAUGCUGAUGGAGAUGGAGAUUUUGAUGUGGAAGAUGCUAAAGUAUUGCUAGGCCUUAAAGAAAGAUCUGUCCCAGCACAGCCAACACCACCAGAAUCUGAGGAGACUGUCCAGGCUGCUGAGAAGUCCUAUGUCGAAUCAGAGCACAAGACUGCUGACGUAGAAUUGGAAGACGAAAGUCAGUCUGUUCUUCAUGAAACUCUCCAUUCGCAGCCUGGAGAGAGGCACGAAGAUGUAGAUGAAAGUAUAAGUGACCAGUGGCAAGUGAAGGAAGAAAUACAUGGAGAAACUUUUGAAGCUCCUACAACAGAUGACAUGCACAGAGAAUUAGAGAAUGAAAUACCAGAAGCAUAUGAGACACCAGAUUCGAUUCAGAAAGAUGCUGAUCUUUUGGCAGAUGGUCUUGAAGCAGUGGAGUCUGAGCCCUAUGAAGUUCCAGCUUCAGAUGAUUAUGUUGUAUCUAUGGAGGGAAGAGUAAGUGAUCCAGAAGCUCCAGGUGACUCUGAGGUAGUACUAGAAGAUGCUGUGGAACAUUACACAGAACCCAAACAUGAAAAGCAGACUGAGACUCAAGAUACAGCUAUUCACGACCUUCCAGAGGAGGUGAAUGAAGCCACAGAGCCAGAUAAAGUUACUGAAGAUUUUGAUGUUGCUAAAGAUGUUUCAGUAGAAAGUAAGCAAUCAGAAGACGAUGUGGCCGUUGAACCAGAGGAAUCAGAAAUACCUGUUCAAGCUGAGGAUUAUUCAAAUGAUGUUCGAGUGGAUACUUAAAGCUUCAAAAGAAAAGUCCCUACAUCAGGAGGACCAGCCCUAACCAUACGCUACAAAAGGGGAGCAGAUGGUUGUAAUAGAUCUUAUGAUGUAAUUACCAAGCAGUUCAGGGUUUGGGGAAUGAACACUAAGAUGUUGUAACUGGGUUUUAGCCAACUGUCAUUUUAGUAAGCAUUUUUAACAUUUGGAUGUUUAGUUUACAUUCCUGUCUGAUAUUUUUUUUCCCUUGGUCAAGUUUAGUGAAUUCAUUAUUUUUUUUCUUCUGUGUUUGUGACAGAGUUGCAACUUUGAGCUGCAUUUCAUGUACUGUUUAAGCAAUUGUUAAUAUUCUAUUUAUAACGUAGCAGCAAGUACAUUUUUUCAGAUUUUAAUAUAUAUCUUUUGUUGUGGAUUCGUACAGUAUGUACAGAGCAGUUUGGUCAAAUGAAACAUAUUAUGAAUUUUUAAAUGUUUUAUAACUGCUGAUAUAGCAUACAGACUAAUUGCAUUUUAUUAAAAACACUAAUCAGGCACACACUAUGCUGUGAAGUUUGACUUAUCUCUCUUUGCACUGAUGUUAUGUCAACAGUUACACUACAUGAAUUUCAGGUUAUUUUUAAAAUAGCCUAACAAGAUGCAAAAUGUGUGUGUUUAAUUUAUACUAAUAAAAGGACAGAUUACUAAAUUACACUUUUCAAAAACCAUAGAUGCGUGAAUUAGAACUUUUUAUUUAUGCCCAUUUGAUUUAUAAAGCAAAACUGUCUGGAGACUACAUGAUAGUCUGUCAGGAUGUUAGUAGAGAUUGCAACAAAACUGAGUUGCUGGAAUCAGGUUGAAUUUAGUAAAAUUUUUCUAGUUUGCCUCCCAAUAUAAUGAUCUCAAAGCUAGAUUUAGUUAGCUUUACAUUGAGUAAAUUAUUUAAAAACUCAAGUGAGUAUAAAUACUUGAUUUGCAAACUUUAUUAAAAAAAAAGGAAAAAAACUUCGGAAAUUCAACCUACAGUUAUAAAUACUCUUAUAAAUGGUACAUCUGAAAUUUAGACUGUGAGUGAUUUAGGAUUUUAAUAUAACAGGUGUGGUUUUUACCUGUUCUGUGCUGCUGUUCCACAAUUAUGGAGACAUAUUUUAUUCUUUGGUAUUUUGCAUGUGUUCCUUUUUGGCUCAGGAAUAAUUGCUGUGAUUUUAGGAAGUUGCCAAGCCUGAUACAGGAGCUUAGGAGAAAUAAAGUAAGAUAAAUUUAUAAAAAGAAAAGUCAAUUUGGUAACCCUAAUAGUGGUUGCCUUUGGGUUUACAGGGAGAUUUUCAAGUUCUGUAACACUGUUUUGAAGUCAGGUUUCUAGAUGCUUAACUUUAUAGUGAAAGGGGCAUCAUAUAUGCUUGCCUUUUUUUUGGUAUUGGGAUUUCGGUGAGACUCCACGUGAGUGUUGCGUCUGAUCAACAAAUACAGAUGUCCCAAAGUGAUUUCUUUAGACUUUUCAGGAAAGCAAUAAUACUCUUAGACUGUGAUGUGUUUUGGGAUGGGAUGUUGUAGUAAAAUUACCUGUGAUUGUGAAUUGCAGAGCAAUAAUUUUUACAAAGCCAUAUUUUGUGAGGAAUCUUGGUAAUAAUUUUAGAAUGGUGAAUGGAGGACUUUUUAUAUACCAGUGACAGUCUAUUUGUAGAAUUAUGGGACUGUGAGAGUAUAUUAUGCUGUGAUCAAAUUUUAAGUAUUUUGUAACUGGGUAUGUGAUUUUACGUGCUUCAUGUUUACAAAAAUAUGCCAAGCUGAGCAAGGUCAAGUGGACUAUUGAAAAAUGUAUAUUUAAUCCAUUUUAUUGUUUGACUGCAAUAAAACACAGAAGAAUA